AUGUUGGCGUGGAUGUAAAGUCCUGCAGUGUUCUCCGCUGUUAAUAAAGCCAUUAAAGUGCAUCGGCGACGUGAGUCUCUCCUUCCCCACAACAAGCGGCAUUACAGUAUUGACCAGUGCACACCAGGAAAUAAACGGUGUCAUUUCUUACAGGCAUUGGUUGGACAGCUAUGUAGUGGGGCUUGUUUAACCUUUGCCUUGUGGGCAAGCAGGAAGGAGAGACGAUGCUGAGAGAUGUGUGUGUGUUCUGAGCUGCUGUCUGGUGGCCGCGUUCAAGAAAUAAAGUUGGCAGAAGCAACAGGAGAAGUUUCCUUCUUUGCUUCGGAGCUGAAUAACACUGACAAGUUAACAGACUAGUAGCGAACAAAAAAGAGGACGGCUUUGUUUGUGUCGAAUACAGAAGAUGAGGACUUUGAUGGAUUUGUGGAUGAGGAUUGAUGAAAAAUAACGUGUGCACGUCAAGAUUCUGGUUCAACUAUCGUCAUGUGGCCAACACCCUGUCGGUCUACAGAAGUGUCAAGCGUCUAGGCAUCCCUGAUAGCCACAUAGUUUUGAUGCUGGCCGAGGACAUGGCUUGUAACCACAGAAACCCGAAGCCCGCAACAGUUUUUAGCCACAAGAACAUGGAGCUGAAUGUGUACGGUGAUGAUGUCGAGGUGGACUACCGAGGCUAUGAGGUGACCGUGGAGAAUUUCCUGCGAGUUCUGACUGGAAGACUUCCGCCCAGCACGCCUCGCUCCAAGCGUCUUCUGUCUGAUGACCGAAGCAACAUCCUCAUUUACCUGACAGGCCAUGGUGGCAAUGGCUUCCUGAAGUUCCAAGACUCUGAGGAGAUCAGCAAUGUGGAAAUGGCAGACGCUUUUGAACAAAUGUGGCAGAAAAGGAGGUAUAAUGAGCUGCUGUUUAUCAUCGACACCUGUCAGGGAGCCUCCAUGUACGAGAGGUUCUACUCACCAAACCUCAUGGCUUUGGCCAGCAGUCAAGCUGGAGAGGACUCCUUGUCGCACCAACCGGAUCUGGGCAUUGGAGUCCAUCUGAUGGACCGUUACACCUUCUACGUGCUGGAGUUCCUAGAAGACAUCCACCCUGCCAGCAAAACUAACAUGAAUAGCCUGUUCAAAGUAUGCCCCAAGAGCCAGUGUGUGUCCACUCCAGGCCACCGUACCGACCUGUUCCUGAGAGACCCAGGAAGUGUCCUCAUCACCGACUUCUUUGGUAACGUCCGCAAGGUGGUGAUCACCAUGGAAACCAUCAACUUGACAGAGCCCAUAAAGCUGGUGGGAGAUGAUUUCAACGGUGGGGAGCUGGAAAUGGAGAGACUCUCAUAUGUGGAUCAACUACCAGUGUCAGAGAUCAUCCACCAGAAACCCAAACAGAAAGACUGGCACCCUCCCGACGGCUUCAUCCUGGGCCUGUGGACCCUCAUCCUGCUGGUGUUUUUCAGGACGUACGGCAUCAAGCACCUCAAACACAUCUUCUGAUGUGGCUUCACCUCUGUGGGCAUCGACCUGAAGAGGACAGGGAAACCUUUACUGAAGCUAUGUUAAAAGGAAAGGUGGACCUUGAGAAGUUUUGACACUGGGACAUUGGUUGUAUUUCAAAUGUGACGUAUGGUUGUAUUUCAAAUGUGAUGUAUUUGAAGUUAGGAGGAGGAGGUUUGCUUGCAAAAGUUCUGCAGACCAUCGCCACACCACUCGGGGUAAGCAUGCACUGAACUCAAGCCCUGGAAUGAGGCUGCUCCACAUAUUUCUCCACAUUUUCUGGAGGAAAAUGCAGAGUGAGGACGGGCUGAUUGGCGGUGACUGGUGCUGCAGAGAGAUGACUGCGUAACGUCUCCCCUGUUGGCGCACAUUACAUCCCCUGCCCGUCAUGUCAUAUGCUCUGGGAGGGUAACAAUCCGACAUAAUAUCACAUCUCCACUUUCCCAUUCGCCAAAUUGCCCUCCCAGCGGAAACCGUUCAUUAGCUUCCCAGACAUGUACGGCGCUGAAUGCAUUUCCUGCUGAUGGACGGCCAUUUCUGUGGUCAUUCACAGUUGGGGGAUAAGUGAGUGAUAAGCCAGUAAGCCACCGGCUGUCCGCAACCAUCUCCUUCGUGAUAUAAUGUGCUUUCUUUCAUUUGUCUUUUUCCCUUUCGCUCCUCACGCAGCACUGUACAUCACUGCCUCAUCGCCGGGACGAGUGAUUGAUGAUUAAAGCGAGAUGUGUUAGCAUCAGCCACUGGAUACCUUUUAAUCUUACACAGCAUUAAUACAAUAGUCAUCUCUUUUUGUUCUUGCAGAUUCUCCCAGCAAGUGUGAUUUACUUCCUCAUUUGGCGAGAUGCUGAUGCCAUGAUUAAAGAUGACACGAAUA